AUGACUAAACCCGAGUCUUCUAAGAAGGAGUCCACCGAAGAAACCGGCACAAAGUCGGAGCCACCAGACGACCCACAAACCAACCCGUCCCCCACCACCGCCAAAGACCUAUUCGCAGACUUCGCCCCCGACGAAUCCGACAGCAGCGACGACGACAGUGGCAAGAAAAGCGAAAACUACGAGCCGGCGUCGAAAAAACCCAAAGACAGUUCAAAAAAAUACAUCCCCAAAUACAAAAAAGAAUGGGAGAGCAAACCCGAACUGAAAUCCUGGUUGUCAGAGAGCAUCCACGGAAACACCUACUUCUAUUGCAAGUUUUGUAAAAAAGACUACCGCUGCGGCAUUUCCGACAUCCACAAACACAUGUCGUCGAAGAAGCACACUUUGCGGGCCACCAUGCCCGAGUUCCGGGCGCAGAAAUUCAAGUUCAGGGGGCUGCUGUGCCCGGUGUUCACCCCGUUCGUGGCCAUGAAGAGCGUAGCGCCUAACGUGAAUCUCAAAGCGGUGCCUAAGUACGCCAAUUUUUUGUCGGCGUGUGGGGUCAGAGGCAUCCUAGUCAAUGAUGUUGUGGGUGAAGGCAUGUCGUUAACCAUUCGUGAGAGAAUAGAUAUUGCGGAUGCGUGGGCUGACAUUUGCGAAAAAACUAAUCAGUUUUUGAUGGUGCAAAUCGGGGGGGCGCCUCUGAAGGACGUCGUUGAAUUGGCUAAGCAUGCCGCCAAGCGGGAAGUGGGGGCUGUGGUGGUGCUCCCGGAUUUGUACACAAAACCUAAAAACCACCUGGAUCUCAUCAAGUACGUCAAGUUGGUGUCGGAAUUCACAAGAAAUGUACCGAUUUUGUAUCAUCAUUAUCCGAAAUACACGGGGGUUGAAAUUGAUAUUGGGGCGUUUCUUUUGGAUAUUAUUGGAGAAGUGGAUAGUUUUGUGGGGGUGAUUUACAGUACAAAUGAUAUUCAACAAAGUAUGGCGGCGGCGGCUGUCAAUAGAGAGAAGUUCACGAUUUUUAUGGGGACUGAUGAGGGGAUUUUAGGUGCCGCUGCCAGUGGUUUCACCUGUAUUAUGGGAACUAGUCUUAAUUUCCUCCCAAAGCUGGUGGAAUCAAUCUGUGAGGCUGUGCGAGAGGGUAAUUUAAAGGCGGCUCAGACGUCACAAAACUUACUCAUAAAAACGAUAGAUGUCGUCUUGAAAGAAGGAGACUCUAUAGCAGCUUUUAAGGCCGCGACGGACAUCAUUACUGGAACCUGUGGUACCACGACCCGAGAACCUUUACAAACCUUCUGGGACGGUACGAUAAAGAAGAUGCAAGUGAAGUUGCGCGAGCUAGGCGUCAUGUAAAUUUUUAUAACACCAUGAUUUUUACAGUCUUAAAUAAAUUUUAAUGCCGUA